AUGUCGGCCGCAGGAGAUCGCCGUGAAAUUGUUGUUAUUGGUGGUGGAAUCAUUGGAUGCUGCUCAGCAUACUAUCUUACAAGACACCCCUUUUUCGACCCAUCCCGCCAUAAUAUCACUAUUCUCGAAGCCUCCGACAUUGCAGGCCGGGCAUCAGGCAAGGCGGGCGGACUUCUCGCGCAAUGGGCUUAUCCAAGCAACAUCGUGGACCUUAGCUUUGCUCUGCACGCAGAACUUGCAAAGGAACACGAUGGAAAGAACCGGUGGGGUUACAGAGAGACCAACUGUGGCCAGGUCGUCGUCAAAGGCCGCGCCAUGACCGAGAAGACCGAAAAGAAAGAGAGCGGAGAAUCGCUGCAGAAGCGUAGUGCGGCUGCGGUUUCGAAGCUGAAGUCUGCUAGAAUCCCGCAGGAUCUGGAUUGGAUUGAGCCCGACCUUAUUCGAGCCUACGAGAGCAUGAGCGGGCCCGGUGAGACUGCCCAAGUCCACCCGUAUCUCUUUACUACAUCGAUGGCCAAGCUGGCUCAAGAAAAAGGUGCGGAGAUCAUUUUGGGGCAGGUUACAGAUAUCGCUCGUCCUAAUGGCCAGGUUGAGUCGGUUACGUACACCGAUAAAGCCUCGGGUGAAUCGCGCACCAUUCCUGCUACCGAUGUGAUCGUUGCUGCCGGUCCAUGGACCCGGGCUGUUCUCCCCGAAGCACCGAUUUCUGCUAUGCGUGCCCACAGCGUUAUAAUUAAACCGACAAUACCAGUCAGUGCAUAUGCUUUGUUCACGAACAUCGAGAUUCCAGCCAAUUUCGACCCCGCGAAGAAGUCACGGGCGACAGUGGCCGCGCCGGAGAUCUACGCGCGCCCCGACGACACUGUUUAUGCAUGCGGUGAAGGAGACAAAGAGGUCCCGUUACCCAAGACAUCUGCCGAAGUCGAGGUAGAUCCCGAGCGUAUUCAGGAUAUCAUUGAUCAGGUGGGCAGUGUCUCGGAUAGGCUGCGUGAUGGCCAAGUGACCACCCGACAGGCUUGCUAUCUCCCCAACUGCACUGGUCCUGGAGGUCCCCUAGUGGGCCUGACACAUGAUAAGGGACUCUAUCUUGCUUCUGGCCACACCUGCUGGGGCAUUCAGAACGGCCCUGGGACUGGAAAGCUCAUGAGCGAAUUUGUGUUUGAUGGCAAGGCCAAGAGUGCGAAGAUUGGAUCACUGGAUCCACGCACACAGCUGUAA